GGCUGGUGUUUUGAGAGGUUUUCUCGAAACGGGCGUGAGACUGGGUUGUGAAAAGACGUUUCUUGUUCGACUCGGAGCAGCUGGCUCCAGCAGCUGCAAAUGCAGCUCAACCUGGUGAGAGGCGCAGCAGGGCGUGCUGCCAUGAAACUGAGAAGAUCAGCGAACAGAAUCAGAUUUUAGGUGCCCGAUUGCCUCGAAGACAAGUCUGCCCUCAAAUUGGAUAAGUUGCAGGAUACCUGUCGCCCUGCCUCGAUUGAUGCCGUAAGGAGACCUUUGCAAAGUUUUGCUAGCUCAUGAAAAGCAUUUCACUAGCUAGCAAUCAUUAAUUCGGGCAUUCCCAAUAGGAUAGCGUUUCUGUAAAGUUUCUAGCCCACAACGAGCCCUGAAGGGGAUGUCCUCUUUCUGCCUUGAUAGGGGAACCCCCUGGCUCGUAAGUGAGCUUCGAAGCAGCGCCUGAGACCAUGUCGCGAGCAAGUAUCAUCUUUCUGCUCGCUGUGGUGGUGUGUUCUUUCGUGGCGACGUACAAUGCAAUCAACAUGGCCCUCGGGCAUAUGAGGGCCACAAUUGGCGCACACCAAGAUGCAGACUGGGAGGCCAACAGGGAGGGAACAUUUCACGGGGCUUCUGAAACGUUGGGGAAGAAGCUACAAGGGACUUGGAAAACUUCCCGGAAAGAGGGGCAGGGGUCAGGCGCAGUCGAUGCGGUGAUUCCGCGGCCGAAGGACAAAGUGCAGAAAGGCGAGAAGCGGCUGUUCCAUGUCGCAGUGACGACGAAUGAGUCGCCUUACAAUCGGUGGCAGUGCAGAAUACAUUACUACUGGUACAAGCAGAUGAAGGACAGGGAAGGAAGUGAGAUGGGUGGCUUCACGCGCAUCUUGCACUCGGGCAAGCCGGACCAUAUGAUGGACGAAAUCCCCACGUUUGUGGUGGACCCACUGCCAGAGGGGAUGGACAAGGGAUACGUAGUCCUCAACCGUCCCUGGGCGUUCCAGCAGUGGUUGGAGCAGGCGGAAAUUGAAGAAGAGUACAUUCUGAUGGCGGAGCCCGACCAUGUCUUUGUGCGGCCCAUGCCGAAUCUGGCGGCCGACUUCAUGCCGGCUGCCUAUCCCUUCUUCUACAUCGAGCCCAAGAAGUACGAAACGCUGCUGCGGCGGUACUACCCCAAAGACAAGGGCCCCAUAACCAACAUCGAUCCAAUCGGUAAUUCGCCAGUGAUCAUCAAGAAAACUGACCUCCAACAAAUAGCGCCCACAUGGAAGAACGUCUCGAUCGCUUUCAAGAACGACGAGGAGGUCGACAAGGCGUUUGGCUGGGUGCUCGAAAUGUAUGCGUACGCUGUGGCCUCCGCGCUUCACGGCGUGUCCCACAUACUGCGGCAAGACUUCAUGGUGCAGCCUCCUUUCAGCACGGAGCUGGACGGAGCGUACAUCAUCCACUAUACAUAUGGCUGCGACUACAACAUGAAGGGGGAGCUUACGUACGGCAAGAUAGGGGAGUGGAGGUUUGACAAGCGGUCAUUCUCGGGGGGCGCCAUCCCACGGAACAUGCCGAUGCCACCCAAGGGGGUCCCAGAGACCGUGGUUCGGUUAGUGGAGAUGGUCAACGAAGCUACGGCUAACAUUCCAGGCUGGGAAGAAGGACAGCAGCGGUAGAUUGCCCUGCCUCUUUUGGAAACCCGCUUCGAAAUGCCUUUUCGUUGAACAUCUGCCUUUGGAAGCAAUUGCGCUGGAUAUGGUGCCAUGGAUGUGUGUCCGGCGUUGCAUCGUGCUUAGCUGGUUGUACCUGUGCUUCUGAGCGUCUGACAGGCCGGCUAGCUAGCCGCAGCAUAGCUCUGCAUGACUUCAUGCAGGCCCUGCGCAAACCCUUUCAGCAAAUCCUUCGCAAAGUGCUAGCGCUGCAUGUUGAACUCCACAACGCUGAUAUAGUGAUCGCCA